AUGUAUGUGAAAUGGUUUCAUACAGUAAUGUUUUACUAUGUGAUUUUAGUGAAUUUAAUGAAUGUCACAUUUUGUCAUUUUCAAAUUUCCCGCCGGUUCCGUCCCCCGUACGUCCUGACGCUCGCAGGGGACGGAACCCAGAUGACAGAUGCCGGAAUCGGCCGGAUUACAUUGCCAGGGACACUGCAGGAGGGACAUCACGGGAGCGCAGGACAAGGUAAGUGAAGAACAGAUCCCGGAGCAGCGCCGCAUGGUAAGCCCGAGUGUAGCUCGGGGUUACCGCUUGUGCUACACUCGGGAAUACUGCCAGGAAGGCUAC